AUGUAUUUUUGUAGCUCUCCGGCUGCAGUAGCUAACGUUGGCUUGUGCUGUGGGUGGUACCGGCGCGCUGGUACUGUGCAGCGGUACGAUAUUAAUAAUCGGAGUGAGAACCAUAGUCGCUGGCGCGCUUGGCGCUGGAUAUUGCGGCGGCUGCGGCGGCGUGAUAAUAUGACGUCGGCAGAAAAUCAGAAAGACUUGCAAUGUCCGACGGAGGAGCUCCAGGCCACGGCCGACGUGGCAGAGACAGAGGAGUGGCUUGAGCCGUCAGAGUUCCUGGCAGCACUACAGGCCUGGCCUGGAGUGCCGUGGCGGCAGCGGCCUCCGAGGAGACCACGGCGAAGGUGUCCAUACUGCACGUGGACGUAUCCUCGGAGCAGACGCUUAUUUAACAUAUACGAGGAUUUGGAGCCCUAUUAACUUUUUGCACCUUAGUUAAAUUGUUAAUAGGGCUCCAUCUAUUUUAAUGAACUUACCAAUGAACUUUGUAAAUAUUGUAAAUAGUAGAAUAGGUUAUAUAGAUUUAGUAUUUCAUUUGUAAUUAUUUGAUAAUUAGCUAGAUUAAGUUGACUGUAAAUAAAUUUGUACAGAAACAAUUUUUUUCUAUGUGGUAACUCCUCCCUAUAUUUCUAUUUAUAUAUAAUUAUAUAUACAUAUAUAUAAAUGCUAAAGUAUUUUUUCUAUAAAUAAUUAAUUCCAUCUAUCACAACUAUGAUAACAUAUUAUAUAAAUUUUAUAAUUAUAUAAGGGUGGAAUUUUGUAAUGCCACCUGAAGGGAAAGUACUCUUAAUACUGUAGAUAGAAAAUUUUACUCAAAGAAAAGAUUUCUAAAAAUUUAUUAUUAUAAUAUAAUCAUUUACUUUCCUUCAAAUUACACCCUGUAUACAUAUAUAAGGCCUAUGAUGUGUAAGCUUGAAUAAUUUAUUCUCGUAAGUAGAUAUCAGGUCAGUGCAAUUAAUUGAAAAUUAAAUAAUAAAUUAAUAGCAAAACUAAAUGAUAUGGCUUAGUAUUAAAAUUGCGACCGAUUGGAGGACCCACCACACACCCUUGGAUUAUGGAUCAUCUUUACAAUCAAGAAUUGCAGAGAUGAACUAAUCCAACCUCCUUUUAGUAAAAUAGGGACUUAAUUUCAAAAUUAAUAAUGAUAUAAUAAAUUGGCUACAAAGAAAAUCUUGAUUUCGCGGAAUACCUACGUCAGAAUAAAAAUACUGUUUACUGUAUAAGAUAUUUAAAAAUCAAAUUAAAAUCUAUUACAAAAAUGUGUUAGAAAUAAAUAACGAAUUGAACAUUAUUAAUAAUAAACACAAGACGAAUUCCUGAAAGUGAAAAAUUUUGUAUUUGUCACUUUUAGUUUACACAUUAAUUAAAUAAUAAAAUAGUUUAAGUGCGAGAUCCUGAAAAUAAAAUGUUUUGGUUAGUUACAAUUUUAAGAAAAAAAUGAGAGGGCAUUGGAGGACCCACCACUCUCCCUUGGAUUAUGGAUCAUCUUUACAAUCAAGAAUUGCAGAGAUGAACUAAUCCAACCUCCUUUCAGUAAAUUAGGGGCUUUUAAAUUAAAUUAAAUUAUGAUAGAACUAUGAUUAUCACAAAGGUGAAAUAACACAAUACCCUCUCAGAAAAUAGGGAAAAUAUUAUACUAAUUUAAAUAUACAUAAAACUAUUAUAAUGUUUAGUAUAAAAAUUAAAUACUACAUAGUAAAUUAUAAAAUGCCAUUAACAAACUAAUACAAAUAAUUCCUAAAAGUGAUUUUAGUGUGAUUACUACACAUUUGUCACUUUUAGUUUACAAAAUAUCAUAAUCUAAAAAUAAAAUAAUAUUAUACACCGCAUGCACCCUGCAAAAAAAAAGAGAAUGGAUUAAUAAUUAUAAUAAAAUGGGAAAAAUCAAUAUUAUUUUCUCCGCACCGCGUACUCUGAAACAAAAAGAAAGGAUUAUUAUUAUAAAAAAAAAGAAAAUAAAAUUUAUCUCCUCCGCGCGCACUCUGAAACAAAAAGAAAAGAUUCAUUUAUUAUUAUAAAAUGAAAAAAAAAAAUAUCAAGGCUAUUCUCCACUGCGUGCACUCUGAAAAAAAAAAGAAAAUUGUUGAUUAUUAAAUGUAACAUUAAGAAAUAAAUUAAUAUAAUAACAUUUUAUAUGUACAUCACAAGCACACAGGAAUGACGCAAUCGCUAUUAAAAUAAAGUUUAACUACAUAUAGUUAGUAACAAUGUCAGUGGAAGAACUGAAAAUUAACAAUAAUUAGACUUAAUACGCACUGAAAAUUUUAAUUUUAUGUGGAGUAUGGUGAUAAAGUGCAAAUAUAUAAAAAAUCUAAACAAGCUACAAUAACUGAGCACAAAGUAAAUGAUAAGUACAUUUACCUACCUACUUUGCUAAAUUAUAAUAAAAUAAAUAUAUUUUAGGCGUUGACAUUGGGACCAGGCUGAUUGGACUCGGGGAGAAUUUACAAAAUAAUGAACUAAACUUAACGAUAACCAUGAUAAUCUUUAAAACAACCAAGAUGCAAGCCGGGUUUUUUGUUGCAAUGAGUACAGUAAAAUGUUGCAGCUUUUCGGAGUUUCAACUUUUCUAAGCAAUAGCGGCAAUCUUUGCGUUUUGUAACGCCUUUAGCAUUUUUAGGUAAAUGUAAUGGCCAAUGAAUAAAAUCCCCUGUUCGACGAGAAGUUACUGUCUGUCUGUUUGUCUGUCUGUCUGCGUUUAACAAUUUUCUAACAACAUUUAUACGGAAAUCAUAAAAACUACAAUUUGAAUUGGCCUGACUAUUACUGUACAUCAUGAAUGCAUUCAACAUCAUGACUUGCAUAACAUGUGUAAUUAUUUUUUUAUACCACCUCGUGGAUUUAUUGUAACAAGCAUAAUAAGACAGCAUCUGAUCUUUCCUGUCAACACCUUUCAUAUACUUAUUAUACUCAUGGACGACUCUAGGUUUUGCGACAGUUUGACCUCUUUUAUUGGUAUAAUUUAUGAAGUCAGCAUCGUGCUCAGUGGAUAUCAUGAGGACCGUUCGUUUGUCUCUAUAAUUAGAGACACAUACUCCACGCGAAUUGUACCGUGAUUGUACUUGGUUUUUAGGCAACUUAGCCCUUGUAAUCUCGGGAUUACGUGAUCUAUUGGCCCUCAAAGUACCAGUCAAAUAAGUUUUAUUUGCUAAUAGAUUUUCCGCUAAAGAAACGCUAUUAUAAAAAUUGUCCAUGUAUAAAGAGUGUCCUGCGUUUAAAUAGUCUUCCAUCAACAUCAUCACUACUUUAUCAGCAUGACCUUUUCCUCGAAGGAGAACGUCAUGUGAUCCACAAUACAUGUGAAUUUUCUGCGUCAUGCCUUUAGGGUCUGUGAGGAUAUAUAAUUUCACACCAUAUUUAUGCCUUUUACCUUGUAUAAAUUGUCUAAUUUUUAACCGCCCGCGCCACAAAACCACACUUUCGUCAAUAGUCAAGUUUUUUGGAGGGACCACCAGCAUUUUCAUAGUAUUGUUAAAAAAAUCUAUAAUAGGUUUGGUAAAUUUAUUGGGAUCAGUAGUGGCAAAAGUUAAAUUUGGAUCGGAAAAAGACAAAUUACGUAAAAUUAAUAAAAAUCUAUCGCGGCUCAUAAAAUUUUUAAACGGCAGAUCGUAUAAGACGUCUGUUUUCCAGUAAUCGUUAAUUCUGUUUAAUUUAAUAUGGCCCAUGUGGAAUAAUAGGCCUAGAAAAACAUAGAGUUCUUCUAUGUUGGUAUCUUUCCAAUUUGAAAUUCUACUAUGCUCAUGUGGGCUCUCCAAAAGCACUUGUAUUGCGUGGGUAUUUAUGCUGUUUACUAAAAUAGUCAUAAAUGUGGUGUUAAAUAAUAAAUUAAAAAAAUCGAUAGGGGUCUCAGCUGGUCCUAUAUUGUGAGUUCCCACGUUGGUGCAUGGGAACGACGGAAGCUGGCCCGUCGGUUCCCACACAUCCUCAGAGAAGUCGGCCGCCUGGUCUUCGACCUCAUCCUCCUCAGAGGAGUCGGCCGCCUGGUCUUGGACCUCAUCCUCCUCCUCGGAAGAGGAGGAAUAUGAGGAAGCCCAGCCGCCGGCAUCCCUACAGUACAAUGAAAAAUAGCUGAUGUAUGGUUGCUGUUUAAUCAAAUGUGUUUCUUGAUAAUAUUUUACCUAAAAUAUUGCCGUUUUUUAUGUAAGUAUGUCUUAUUGCAUUUUAAGAAACACAAGACUAAGUUCCUUAGCUCUUGUGGAGAAAUUAGGACAACAUUCACAUAGACCUAUUACCUAGGUGAUAAAUAACUUUGAAAAAUGAACACUGUAUAAAAAAUUACGUAGUACCUACCUAUCUACGAUAUAAUUAUGGAAACGCACGCCACAAUAAUAUAACAAAGACCAGCUGUUUUAAAGACAAGAAGGAUUAAAAUUGUAUAAAAUAUAAUAUAAUAAUUAUUAAAAGAUUAAUAAACACAUGAUAAAAAAUUGGCAAGUUCACAAGUAAAGCCAUAUUAAUAAUAUAUUUACAAAAACAUGAAUUUAUUGACGUAAUGUAGGUACCUACCUAUAAAUUUCAAUGUGACAUAAUAAUAUUAAGUUCCGUGUAUAUACAAUAAUCAGAAUACGUAUUGAUUUAUAUUCAUUUAAAAAUUGUAUUAAAAUGAGUUGUUACUUUAAUAAUAGGUAGCUGUUAACUUGUUUA